GAAGGAAGAACCGCGUUGCAUUACUGUGCUGCUUGCAAGGAUCCUGCGCCGAUUUGGGAUGUUCUCAUAGAAAACGACAGUGACGCGAGCAUUAUCGACAAAAAGGGCAAUCCGGCAGCAUAUUAUUUGGAACAUAGUUCGGAGAUCGAGCUACCGGAAGCGGAGACCAUGUCCCGCCGGAGGACCAGUUCUGGCAAGGAAUGUGAGUGA